ACUGAGCUAAUAAAACUGUCCAACAAAAUAGUAGUUUAUUAGAGUCUAGUUAUUUUAGUUUAAGGUGGUAAGAAAAUCAUUUCUUUAAGAGAUUUUCUAGUCUAACGUCUUCAUUUUGGGGUGAUUCCGAACGUUUCUUCACAAACCACAGAUCUCAGCAAACCAGCUGAAUUCAAAUGUCACUAAAGGAAGAGGUUAUGUUUACAACUAUACUCAGUCUAACAAUUUGUGAAAAAUCCAUAAACCUGACAGUGAUUACUGUAUGAACUAUUGCGAAAAAUCACUUUAGAUGAAAUUGAUGCGUUCUACCUAAAUAAUUAACUGCCAUAUUCGUUAACAAACGUGCAAAUGAGUGUGCCAGCGUAUGAACCGGGUCCGGAGCACUUCCAGCAGUUCCCUUCCAACAGGAUUAUUGUUAUCCACCCUGGAUCUCACUAUGUAAGAAUAGGACGAGCUUCAGAUCUAUUACCAGUCAAGCAACUACACUGCAUAGCAAGAAAACGUCGUCCCGGCGGUAAAAUCUACCGAGAUUCUUUUAUCCCACCGAGUGUACCAAAAACAAAGGAAUUAAUAGAAGAAUUGGAAGAGUGUCGGCUACAAAUAUCUCAUACGUUACAAUCGUGUGUGCAGUCAAACGGUGCGAGGCGAUAUGCGACACCACCGCAACAAAUCGCAGCGUUUAAUCGUCGCUCUCUCCCAGAAUGCGUUAAUGACGGCGAUCCCUGGCCGCAGGUGCAGUGUGACAUCAUCAUCGGCGACCUAGUGCUUGACAUUGACCCAGAACUACCGUACAACAUACACUUCCCAUACCGCAGAGGAGACUUCAACAUACACACUGAAGUUGGUGGCUCAAUAUCUUCUGUUCUCAAUGACCUCUACACUAUAUGGAGUUCUAUCAUUGAGUAUAAACUUGGAAUACCAUUAAUGGAACUAGUUAAAUACAGAUGUGUAUUACUAAUACCUGAUUUGUACUCCAGAGGCCAUUUGAAGUAUUUAAUGUCAUUGUUAUUGAAGGAUCUAGGUUUUGGUCACUGCUUCUUUGUUCAGGAAAGUGUUGGAGCUACCUUCGGUGCUGGUAUAGGUUCAGCAUGUGUGGUAGAUAUUGGAGACCAGAAAACUGCAAUAUCAUGUGUUGAGGAUGGCAUAUCACACAAGACAACUCGGUUACGGAUGGACUACGGAGCUGGAGAUGUCUGCCAAGCUUUAUCUUGGAUGUUUCACAAGAGUGCAUUUCCUUAUAAAAAUUGGAAUGAAAAUAUACCAAGAGAUGUGAUACUGAUGAGGAAUUUGUAUGAAAACUUCUGUCAUGUCAACCUUGAUGUUUGCGGUCCUCAAGAAAAGACAUUCUUUGUUGAUCACCCUGGCGAUGUUAUCAACAAAUACACUUUACAAGUUGGUGAUGAGUGUAUUAUAUCACCUCUGUCUAUGUUCUACACAGACUUGCUCAAGAUAACAGGUUCUAAGUCAACAAAGAUUCAGAAUCGUCAACCAAGUGAUCCUGAAGAUCCUUUUGAUGCUGAGUUUCUGAGAGAAACGGGGAGGAAGCGAGAGACGGCUGAUCCAUCUGCCAAUGAGAGCCAACAGUUCGAAGCAACAAAUGAAGCUCAACCAGCAACAAAUCCUGAUGAAGACAUUGUUGUGGAUACUUUAGAAGGAGGACCUGGGGAUGUAGUAUCUCUAGCACCUGGACAAGUUCUAGCCCUUGAUGCUGCAAUACUCCAGAGCAUAGACCGAUGUCCCAACGAAGAAUUAAAACGAAAGAUGUAUAGCAAUAUACUAAUUGUUGGUGGAGGAGUUAAAGUCCACGGACUAAACUUAUGGCUGCAGAAUCGCUUAGCUUUACAAAUUCCGUACACGUAUAAGACUGAGCAGCUGGAGAUUGUGACGUCGCCAAAGGACAUAGACCCUGCUAGUACAGUGUGGAAGGGGGCUGCGGUCAUGUCCUGCUUGGAGUCCGCGAUAGAGUUGUGGAUUAAUCAGAGCGAAUGGAACAGGUUUGGGUUAAGAAUACUGAGGGAGCGCGCGCCGUUUAUUUGGUAACUGUUAUUAUUAAUGAAGUAAUGUGUAUUUUAAGUUAAUAUUAAACAAGGAACUUAACUUAUGUUCCAAUACCUUGUUAA